GCAGCUUGAAAGUCAACCACAUCUAUGAGCAGCUGGAUCUCUUGAUCCCCUCUCUCCUCCGCGCUGCUCGAAAAUAGCUAUGGCGACGGGAUUCAGUGUUCCUAACCAGGAACAACCACUUCUACACACACCGGUCCCGCGUCGUUCUGUAACCGGUGCGGCCUGGGUAUAUCCGCUCAAGGGCAUAUACUUUUUCCUUUCUCACCGGUACUUGCACCCGCUGCUUCGAGCGCGCCUCUUGCCGUGUUUUCUCCUCUCAAUCGCCGUCCUAGCGAUCCUUUUCACAUUCACCUAUCUGCCUCAGGUCGCCGUUCUUGCCAUUUUCCACGGGCGGCACCUAGCAUGGAUCAACGGCGCAUUCUUAGUGCUCGGCGAGGGCGCCGCCAUCGUGGCGCUUCUCUUUGAAGCAUUUUUAGUAGAUGAAACGCUGGUCGAUGUUUUUGACGCGGUUCUUGUCGAUCAUGGCCUAGAAAACCUCGUUGCGAAAAGACGGCCAGUGGACCCUUAUGGAGAAAGCAAUCCGGCCAGACGAUUAGGGAAACCCACUCAGUCCUCGGUCUAUGCUCCAUUCUCCUUCCGACAGAUUAUCGAGUUUGUCCUGCUCCUCCCUCUCAACUUCCUUCCGGUAGUGGGCACGCCCUUGUUUCUCAUUCUCACUGGGUAUCGAGCGGGACCGUUGCAUCACUGGCGAUACUUUAAAUUUCUGGAAUUCAGCAAGUCGGAAAGGAAAGCGUUUGUUCGGCAAAGACAACGCGCAUACACAGCAUUUGGUACCAUUGCAUUAAUCCUCCAACUUAUCCCGGUACUCAGCAUGUUCUUCUUAAUGACGACGGCAGCUGGGUCGGCGCUCUGGGUGGUCAGACUCGAGAAGCAAAGGCGUCUUGAAUCAGCAGACGUUGAGCCUCCCUAUGUUGAUAACGUCUAAGCUCAGAAUCCCUUUUCAUAUAGUCAGGCGCAUGGUUUAUAUACGGACAUUUUUACUUUUUGCAAGUUCAUUUUGU